AUGAGUAUAGAUUCAAGUCUAGGCUCGACAGAGCCUGCGCCUGCACCUGUGGCCGUUGAAUCGGGUGGCGAUACUACACCCAAACCAACGCAAGAGAAAAAGCAAGAAGGUCAACAAUCCACAUCGAUUCUCUCAUCUCUAUGCGCCCCAUUUAGCAACCUUCUCUCCGCCGCAUCAACCCCAACCAAGGGUGCCGCGCCAAAUUCCGAAUCGACAAAUGCCAUUCUUAAAAGCCAAGCCGAGGAUGAAGAGGAACCAGAACCAUAUUACAAACCCAAUGAAGUCCCAAUUUUCAAAACACUUCAAAAGAAACGAUUAUCAGGUACGCGGACGAAACAGCUUCUUCGGGCUGCAGGUCGAGCCUAUAAUGAUCCCCCGCCUCCGCCGGAAUUGGGAACUUGUUGUGGGAGUUCGUGUGAUCCGUGUGUCAAUGAUUUGUGGCGAGAGGAGAGGGAUGUGUGGAGGGAACGGUGGGGGGAUAGGAGGGUUGAGGGUGAAUAUGCGGAGGGAAGGAAGGAGUUGGAAUGGUAA